UAACAUAAAUACCGUUGAAAAACGUAGUAGUGACGUAAACAACUACUCUACUUAAUUUAGGAGUCCCUUAAAAUUUCCCGGCAAACUUUUUAGACGGCGGCGUAAUCCUUUCCUAUCUAAUUCCUGCAAAACCCUAAUUUCCAAACUUCUCUCUCUCUUCCGACAAAAUUAUCUCAAAAAUCCCCAAUUUAUUCAGUUUUUUCGAGAAUCAAGCUUAAAGUUAGGGUUCUUAUUGAUGUAAUUUGCUGUUAAUUGCUUUAAUGGCGGAGGAUAGAGACGAAGAGAGCGAUUACACUUCGGAUGAUGAAGGAACUGAGGAUUAUCGAAGAGGAGGUUAUCACGCAGUUCGAAUUUGUGAUACUUUUAAAAAUGGAAGAUAUGUGAUUCAGAGGAAGCUUGGUUGGGGCCAUUUUUCCACUGUUUGGCUUGCUUGGGACACUCAAAAUUCUAUGUAUGUAGCUCUGAAAGUUCAAAAAAGUGCAAGGCAUUACACGGAGGCUGCAAUGGAUGAAAUAAAAAUCCUCAAAUUGAUCGCGGAUGGUGAUCCUGAUGAUAAAAAGUGUGUUGUGAAACUUUUGGAUCAUUUUAAGCAUUCAGGUCCAAAUGGGCAGCAUGUGUGUAUGGUGUUUCAAUAUUUGGGGGACAACCUCCUGACCCUUAUCAAGUAUUCAGAUUACAAGGGGAUCCCACUUCACAUGGUUAAAGAAAUUUGUUUCCACAUUUUAGUUGCUCUGGAUUAUUUGCAUCAUCAAUUGUCAAUGAUACAUACUGAUCUUAAGCCAGAGAAUGUCUUACUAUUGUCCAUGAUGGAUCCAUCAAAAGAUCCAAGGAAGUCAGGCGCAUCUCCACUGCUUCCAGCUAGUAAAUGUAAACCUAAGACUGAAAUAGAGCCUCCGGUAACUACUGAAUCCACAAAUGGGAACUUGACUAAGAACCAGAAAAAAAAGAUUAAGAAGAAGGCCAAACGGACUGCACAGAAGGGUACUGGAGAAGAAACCUCUGGGGAUUCUGAAUCCAGCAUUGGGUUGCCCGGUCUAGAAGUAUCUAGUCAUGAAGUGAUAUUAAAUGGAAACUCUGCUGAACAAGGAAAGAAGAGUAAUAGAGGACUCAGUCGUGCCACAAAACAAAGAUUAUUGAAUUCAGUAGAUGCUAAAUGCAAGUUGGUUGUUGGAAAUACUUGUUGGACAUACAAGCAGUUCACAUUGGAUAUUCAAACCAGGCAGUAUAGAAGUCCAGAGGUUAUUCUUGGAUCCAAGUACUCAACUCCUGCAGAUCUAUGGUCGUUUGCCUGCAUAUGUUUUGAGCUUGCCACUGGCGAUGUUUUGUUUGAUCCUCAUUCUGGAGACAAGUACAGUAAGGAUGAGGACCACCUUGCUCAGAUGAUGGAGCUGCUGGGCAUGAUGCCUCGCAAGGUAGCUCAAACCGGACGUCGUGCAAAUGAGUUUUUCAACAGAAAUGGGGAUUUAAGACACAUUCGUGAUUUAAAAAUUUGGCCACUCAAUAAAGUGCUUGUUGACAAGUAUGGUUUUGGGGAGCAAGAUGCGAAGGACUUGGCAGAUUUCCUCAUCCCUAUCCUUGAUUUUGUUCCUGAGAAGAGGCCAAAAGCUGCACAAUGCCUUAAUCAUCCAUGGAUUAGUUCAGGUCCUCAGCUUUCGGUGCUUAGCAGUCAAGUCCAGGCUGCAGGGAGUGAAAUUUGUGAUGAUAAAAAGGCAGAGAUUGGGGAUAGAGGGGAUAUUGAAGCUGGAGUGAGGAAUCUGGUUCUUGAUACCGACUCCAACUUGACAGAAGAUUUGAAACCUAUCUCUAUCUUGUCAACGACAACUGCGGGAUAGUUUGUGCUUAAAUUGGUCCUGUUCUGUUUCCAGCUUCAAAUUAUGCUUCUUAUAGGGCACAGUCUGAAUUUUUAUUGAAGUACUUGUCAAGUUGCCAUGUGGUAUGUGCUUAACAAGAUAUACUUCGGAUCAUUGGUAGACGGCGCUGGAGGUAUUUAUGAUUGGCUGAGCAUUUUCAGUUACAUUAUAUAAUGUAGUAGUAAAGGAAUGAUGUACCUGUCGGGAAAAAAAGGAAGGAUGUGAAAGUGGUCUUCCAAGCAUCGUUCCUAGUUCUGGGUCAAAUUUGGCUCUAAUUUUUGCCGGAUAUCAAAUGUACAUUUGAGUGGGAUAUACAACUUUGGAGCUUGUUUCUUUUACACUUCCUGCAUUUUAUAUACUGCUAUUUGAACUUCUA